UACGUACGAGUACGUACUCGUACCAGUAUGUGGUUUUUCACGGGAUACCGCGAGCCGCAGAUCUCCUUUCCUCUUUUUUGGUGGUUUGCAGCAAAAUCUCCACAUGGUCAUAGUUCCAAAUCAGGAUCAAUCUUUCCCACAAACCACCAAAUUUCAUCAUGUCCGAAGAAGCUGCCAAGAGAAUCAAAGUUGCCGCCGAAGAGCGAAACUUCCUCUUCUCCUCCGAGUCUGUCAACGAGGGUCACCCCGACAAGCUCGCCGAUCAAGUUUCUGAUGCCGUUCUCGAUGCCUGCUUGAAGGCCGAUCCUUUCUCCAAGGUCGCCUGUGAGACCGCCACCAAGGAUAACAUGGUCAUGGUUUUCGGUGAAAUUACCACCUCUGGAAAGAUUGAUUAUGAAGCCAUCGUCCGUGAACAGGUCCGUGAGAUCGGAUUCGACUCGUUCGAAGACGAUCUUGGCUCUGUCAACUCCAAGGGUUUGUCGUGUGACUCUUGCGAAGUUCUCGUCCGCAUCAACAAGCAAUCCCCCGAUAUCGCCGGAGGAGUUCACGUUGGAAAGUCCGACCUCGAUGUUGGUGCCGGAGAUCAGGGUAUCAUGUUUGGUUACGCCAGUGACGAAACCGAACAGCUCAUGCCCUUGACCCACAUGAUGGCCACCCAGCUCGGAAAGAAAUUGACGGACGUCCGUAAGGACGGAAGCCUCUGGUGGUUGCGACCCGAUGGAAAGACCCAGGUCACUAUCGAAUACAAGCAGCACACCGACGGAUCUGUCACCCCCAUCAAGAUCCACACCGUUGUCAUCUCCACCCAGCACGCUGAGCCCCUCAAGGCCAAGCGUACGGAGGAACAAUCUGGAAAGGAUAACCGUGGAAAGUACGAAGGCGAGGAACAAAUCGCUCCUUCCAUGGACGAGAUGAACGAGCUCAUCCACGAUAAGGUCAUCAAGGCGACCCUCGAGUCCAUCAAGUUGAAGAGCGGAGAAUCCGCCCUUUCUAUCUACGAUCGUGAGACUUGCAACCUCCACAUCAACCCCUCUGGAAAAUUCAUCAUUGGAGGACCCCAGGGAGAUGCCGGUCUUACUGGACGUAAGAUCAUCAUUGAUACCUACGGAGGAUGGGGUGCCCACGGAGGAGGUGCUUUCUCUGGAAAGGAUCCCACCAAGGUCGAUCGAUCUGCCGCCUACGCCUGCCGCUGGAUGGCCAAGUCCGUCGUCAAGGCCGGACUCUGCAAGCGCGCCCUUGUUCAGCUUUCCUACGCCAUUGGUGUCGCUAAGCCACUCUCCAUCUUCGUUGAGACCUACGGAACUGAGAAGGAAGGUCUCACCGCCGCCCAAAUUACCGAAUUGGUCAAGAUCGAGUUUGACUGCCGUCCUGGUGCCUUGGCUCGUGACUUGGCCCUCCGUGAACCCAAAUACAACAAGACCGCUGCUUACUGCCAUUUCGGCCGUGAGCCUUUCGAGAAGGACGGCAUGAAGUUCUUCUCCUGGGAAGAUCCCAUUGACAUGAGCAAGUACGCCUCCAUGUCCACCGAAGACAUUGAUAAGGAAUGCGCUGCCCAAAAGGAAGCCAUUCUCAAGAAGUGGGUCGACUAAAAUCUAUCAAAAAUACAAAAUAAUAAUGAAUAUUCUAUUAAUUUCUGGGCCAUUCCGAUCUCAAGUGCACUAGAAUGCUGUUGAUUCGAACAGAUAACAAAAACAACAUUGGGCG